UCCGUCCAGUCUGACUAGGCGUUUGAGUUCAGCUGGCUAUAAGAGACUCCCCAAUCUCGCCCCUUGAUUGAUUUUCCCGCCUCGCCUUGGGACAACGCAGAAUAGUCUAGACCGCUAGAUUUCUUUCUUCUAGUGGUCAAACCCCACCCCGCUUGAAAGUGAAGGUGUGGCUAGGCAGGUUGCCUUACGUCAAUCGAUUGGAAGAACAGGACAGAGCACAAUGGACGGAAAUCAAGCAGUCCAAUAUCUGGACUCAUUGAUCGGUCGGACGUUACGAGUGCACGCGACAGAUACGCGCAUUUUCGUGGGUACCUUCAAGUGUACGGAUGCGGCACGAAAUAUCAUCCUUGCCAGCACCUACGAAUACCGCUUCCCUUCCCCAUCUACUGUUCGAGACGCCGCCACGGGUACGCAUGAUUCAGCCGCCGGUAGCGCAGUCGACGCCCAGAGCGUCAAGAUGGAUAUGACGAGUCGAUUUAUCGGUCUUGUGAAUGAAACUGGCGGUACGCCGUUGCUUUAUAAUCCCGUCUACCAACUGUUACACCGCUCGGCCCCAGCUUUCUCAUAUUUAGGAUUGGGUGCGGGCGGUCAUAGGGUGACCAAUGAUGGUCAUCGGGGAGGUACUGAAAUCGACUGGACAAAUGCACCUAUUAGCGCCGAGUCAAAAAGGCGGACUCUGCAUAUUCACCUGCGCAGUAAUCCCUUUCAGUGUCACACAUGCCAUGGUUGGAAACCUUUACCCGCAUCAGCUAGACUGCAACGCAGGCCAAGGCACAUUACCCAAAACAUGCCCACCACAACUAGAGGGGGCUUGGCAGCAGAAGCCAUGAUCAUGACGAGGCUGAGCUGGGGUUGGAGAUGGAAAUGGCGGCCGACGAAUUCCCUCAUGGAAUUGUCGGGAGUGCUCGGAGCAUCUGAGAGGCUGACAGUUCGGUGA